UCGAGGAAUUGGAGCCAAGCCGUGGUGAGGAGGAGGAGGAGGUGGGAGGAGGGGGAAGAAGUCAAUGAUAUUGAAACAGGAACGGCGUCUCGGAGUCAGGGUGGGACUGCCGAGCGGUACAGUCUCUCUGCCUUCAGAACAACAAACUAUACAAAAUGGCGGAUAAGGAAAAGAAGAUCAAGAAGAAGAAGGUAAAAGAAGAGGCGCCCGCUGAAGAGGCGCCCGCAGCACCAGCGGCCCCGGCCGGUGACCGCGCUUCCUCCCGCGGCAGCCGCAAGGCCAAGCGCACCGGCUCCAAUGUCUUCUCAAUGUUCAGCCAGAAGCAGGUCGCCGAGUUCAAAGAGGCUUUCCAGCUAAUGGACCACGACAAGGACGGUAUCAUCGGCAAGAGCGACCUCCGCGCCACGUUCGACUCUCUCGGUCGUCUCGCCACUGAGAAGGAGCUGGACGAGAUGGUCAGCGAGGCCCCCGGACCCAUCAACUUUACCCAGCUGUUGACUCUGUUCGCGGGACGCAUGUCCGGCGGCUCCGACGACGACGACGUCGUCAUCAACGCCUUCAAGACCUUCGACAGCGAAGGCAAGAUCGACUCCGAACGUCUGAGGCACGCCCUCAUGACCUGGGGAGACAAGUUCUCCGCCGACGAAGUCGACGAGGCAUACGACCAGAUGGAGAUCGACGAUAAGGGCUUCAUUGACACCAACAAGUUGAUCACCAUGUUGACCGCCAGCGCCGAGGAGGAGGAGGGUGGCGAGGCAGCGUAGAGAACCUCGCGCAACACAUACCAGCACAAAACAGCACAACACCCUCGAGGAAGCAGAACGGAGGCGACCACCCGGCCCGAGGUUCACGUCGGAUUAAACACGAUGAGAACCGAACACUUUUUUAUUUUAUUCUCUUUGUAAUUUAUUGUUUCCAUUUUUAUAUAUAAUGAAAAUAUAGUUUUACUAUACCGAUGACGUGUACGACUGUCCCUACUUUGACUGUUUGUUGAAUCAAACGGCAGAAGACGUCGGAAGACGGGGAUCUCUAUCUGUAUGGAAUACUGUGUGUUCAUAUUUUAUGGAAAUAAAGAAUUAAACCAAGUCUGACUACAGUAAGGCCCUUUAGGGUCACAUAACACAACAUGGACUUGUCAUUGCACACCAACACGACACAAGCAGUACCUUUAAAGUAUUCUUAAUAAACAUCAUAGCUACAUUA